AUAUACAUAUAAAACUGACCCUUAUCGCUUGCAAAUUACAUCGAUAUUGAAAGUACAAGAUACACCCAGAGUUAUUUGUUCUAUUUUAAAACUUGUACAAAAUCCUUUCAAAUUCUGGGAAUCCCGGAUGAUGUAGUUGAAUCUGAUUGGAUAAGAUAGAAAAGUGAUGAGGGGAUUUUCCCCUUUCAAUUUUAGAAACGUCAAGAAUUUUUUGUUACUAGUCCGUCUGGCAUUUUGGGUUACAAGUUUUGGUUGCCCAAGGUCUAAAUGUUGUAGUGUCGGGCUAGUGGAUUUCUUAACCCCUGCUUGUCUGUAUUUUAUGUGGAAUUUGUUGUGUUCAUCAGGCAUGCGCAACAUGAGUAGUGAAAUAAGGAGGAGGAGCAUGAGGAGUAAGACUAAAGCCAGUAAAGGUGAAGAUGAUGAAAAAAUACAAAAGCCAGUAUGGGUCAAAUUGACGGGAUUGGGAGGAGGGGCAUGGUGGCCAGCGAAAAUGGAUAGUCAUUUGGCUGUCUCCUUUUGGAGCGACAAUUCAAGGAUGAAGGUAAAAAAGAAAUGUAUAAAACCAUUCGAAUUACACAUAAGCAGCCUUGUGAAGUUUACAAGAGACAAGCUUAAGAAAGCAGGAAGUGAUUUGAAAGAGGAUUUUGAAUUAGAUUUAUCAAAGGCAACUGCAAUGUUGCAGGAAUAUAAGGUAUAUAUUUCAUUAUUGGAUUACAAUUUUUAA